UGUCAGGCCCGACCAGUUCAUUCUACGGUAGGGUCUUUGUCGAAGCGUUAUGGCGGCAAGUCUUCCCCUGGUUCUCGUGCUCGACUCAAGCAAGGUGGAUGUGGAGGCAGAGACCCUGAAAGGAAUCGCUCGUGUUGUAGGACUGGGCAAACACUUUCCGGCUGAUAUUCCUAACGAGUUGGCGUCUCAAGUUGUUGCUUGCAUUGUGUGGCACACCAUCGACGUUGAUGCAGAACUCUUAAAUCGGAUGGUCAAGUGCAAAGCAGUCGUACGAACAGGGGCAGGAUUUGAUCGUAUUGAUGUCAAAACUGCUGGAAGCCUUGGCAUUGCAGUAUGCAACACUCCUGCUUAUGGUACUGAGGAGGUUGCUGACAGUGCCAUGUCACUUAUCCUUAAUCUCUAUCGCUGGACUUUGUGGCUUGAACGAGAGAUUGCAAAGGGCAAGGAAUUUCAUGGCAUUUCUGAUGUCAUUGAAGUUGCUACAGGGGCCAGGCGUAUUAGAGGGAAGACUCUUGGUCUGAUUGGAAUUGGAGCCAUUGGAACAGCUCUUGCUCUGAGGGCAAAGGCAUUCGGCUUUGAUGUAGCAUUUUAUGACCCUUACGUUUCAGACGGGGUACACAAGAGCAUUGGAAUCCGGCAAGUGGAGACACUGGAGGAGUUGUUCAACAUGAGUGACUGCCUUAGUUUGCAUUGCCCACUCGUGCCGGGAACAAAGCAGCUUCUUAACAAGAAGACACUACAGCAGGUUAGAGAUGGUGUCUUUAUAGUCAACACAUCCAGAGGAGGUCUGAUCGAUGAAGUGGCUCUUGCAGAAGCUCUCAAGUCUGGCAAAGUAGGAGCCGCCGCUCUAGAUGUUCAAGAAACAGAGCCAUCGACGUAUGCAACCGGACCACUGAAAGGAGCUCCUAACCUUAUUCUCACUCCACACUCUGGAUGGUACAGCAAGGAAGCUGUCAUAGAGUCAAGAGAGACAGCAGCUAAGGUAGUGGCUGCUGCUCUGAAAGCUCACUCUGCUGAAGGUCUGCGUAACUUUGUCAAUAAGAGGGAUUUUGUUCUCAAUGAAUCUCGCUGGAAGUGACUUGAGUCUUACUAACUGUGUGACUAACAGCUAUGCUGCUGCCUUGAGGUAAUUUGAGUGUUAGGCCAUGACCGUAGUUUGUGCGUUGUUGUUUGAACAUGAAUCGUUAACGUUUAGACUACUAGUACAUUUUAGAAUGUAGGUGAUUAGUAUUGUGUUUGGCCAUUGCUGAAAGUAGUAGUUUACUGAAUGAGUAUAUGUAUUCAGGUUGAGUCUCAACAUAGAAGUCAGUAUUAUGAAGUGA